UUCCUAGCUAUCCAAACCGGGUUAUUCAUUCAUAUACUGAUUUUGAGCCGGUUUAGACUCUUUCGUUAGUGUCUCACUGUCUCGGAGCUCUGUGGACUGUAACGACGCUUUCCCGGUUAGCAGAAGCAAGAAAUCGCCGAAGAAGACGACGGUGAUGGCCAUGGCGAUCGGGGAGAUAGAAACAGCGAAGAAGAGAUGUGAAUCGGUUAUAAAGACAAUCGAGCAGCUUCCUUUAUCAACUGCCAUCACUGCCUCAUGCCGUCGAACUCUUCUUAAGCUCGCUUCCUCCGAGCUCUCCUUCCUCUCCUCACUCGUUACCGAUCCCUCUCCACAGCCUCUCAGUGUCAACAUUGGCCACAUUGAAUCAGUCGUGCGGAUCUUGCAGCUGCCGUCCAUCACCGGCGUUUCGCGCGUUUGCAAGCCGCUUCCUCUUCCGAUUGGUAGCGUUCAUGUCGAUCUCGUCUGUACUCUCGGAAAGGCUCCUGUAUGGAUCAUCGUCUCCGAUAGAAACCCUAGGUACAUCUCCUGGAAUGGAGACCGCCAUGGAGGCAAGGGUUUGAGGUCAAGGAUUGAGCAUGUCCUCGCCGCUGCUCAUUCCACAACGACGCUUAAACCUUCUUCGCUGAUUCUCUUCUUUGCCAAUGGUCUGCCUUCCUCAAUUUACGAGAAAUUAAAAGAAGAAUUUGGGGCUGUGAGUUUCGACUUGGGCUUGGAUUCGGAUACUUCAAUGCUCGAUUUCGAUUGCGAGGAAACGAUGGAAGGAGAUUGGGUUGUUGUUGUUGGAAGCAGAUCGUAUAAAGAAGCAAUUUCUGUUGAGAUCAAGCUCAUCAUAGAUGAAUGCGAUUCUCUUGCAUUCCCUGAACCUGAGGUUGUUGUUGAAGCAGAGGUGAGCCAAAAUGAUGGUUUCUCUCGUGUAAUCUCUUCCUUGAGAUUGCAAGGUGAAGAUUGUCUCAUAAAUUUCGACACUACUGCUCUGGUUGCUCUCGUUUCUGGAAUCACCAACGGAUGUGCAGAGAGAAUCGUGGAUAUGCCUCAGAUCGAAUUAGAGCAAAAGUUCAAAGGAAAUACCGUUUUUGUGAUUGCUCAGGCAGAAUCUGAAAUUGAGAAGCCAGUUCUUGUCAAAAUGGCAACUUUAUUAUCAGGGAAGCGAGGGAUUGUGUGCAAGAGUGUUCUUUCAGAGUUCAAGGAGUUGGUAUCCAUGUAUGCUGGACCCAAUGAGAAACACAGAGCUGAGCACUUGUUAAAGAGCCUAAUGGUGGUGAAUGACAAUCCCACAGAGCGUGUGAUGGGACUCCCAACGACGAGGAAGUUAGCAAUGAAGAACAAGACUGUGUUUGGUACAGGUGAUAGAUGGGGAGCCCCGACAUUGACUGCAAACAUGGCGUUUGUCAGAGCCGUGGCUCAGUCAGGCAUGUCUCUCUCCACCAUCGACCAUAGCCCUCGAGCUCUCACUGGUGAUUAAGCCAAAGUUCAACUUCUACCUACGUAUCUGUAAUUUUGUAAGUUCUGAAGACCAAACCUUGUACGAGGGAAAACAAAUUCAAAAGGCAGAAGUACCAUACUUUUGGUCUAGUGUAUAGAUGUUUACCGAGUAAUACUAGUGAAGGCGGAA